CAGUGGUUCAAAUUGUAAUAAAUAUAAACAAAAAACAUAAAAUGUUAAAAACCUAAAGUGCAAUAACCUUAAAAAAAUAAAUAAAAAAACUAAAUUAAACAGUUAAAUUUUUUGAGGGGAAUUUUAUUAACAGAACAAUGCGCUAAAAAUUGGGCUAAUAAUGGCACACAGCAAACAAAUAUUUAAUUACGUUUCAAGGUUUAACAAAAAACAAUUUUGAACUCAUUUUAAACCAAAAAAUAUACAUAUUUGAUUUAAACAAAAAAAGUAAAUAAUAAAGUAAAUAAAAUUAUCUGAUUUUUAAACAAUUAAAAUUUUUUGCUAGAGGUUUUAUUAAAAAUAUAAAAUAUUUAAAAAUAAUAGAACUUUUUUAAAUCAGCAGUAUUAACUCAAGAGAGUUCUUUGAGACAACAUUUCACAAUGAAAUGGCGGGAGGCUUUUAGUCUUAAUUUUGGAAAACUUUCAAUUGGUGCAGCUAUAUGUACUUAAGGGGUUUGCUACUAAUAUUCAAUCGGCCGGCGAACGACUUGAUUAUGUGGAUAAUUUGCUGCAGCAAUUAUUUAACGAAGUGACUAGCAAAAAAUUGGAAUUAGAAGAUUCUGAAAUAUGGCCCAAGGAUUAUGUUGACGAGUUUCUGAAACAUGGUCAAAUGUCAUUUGAUUAUAUAGUAGUGGGUGCUGGUACCGCUGGGUCUGUGGUGGCCAGUCGUUUAAGUGAAGAUCCUCAUGUUAAAGUUUUAGUUUUAGAGGCUGGUGGUGAUCCGCCCAUAUUGUCGGAGAUUCAUACUUUGUCCUUGCAGCUGCUUAAUACCUCUUAUAGUUGGAACGAUUAUGCUGAACCCAAUCCCUCUUGUUGCCAGGCAAUGAAAGGGGGACGCUGCUAUUGGCCUCGCGGUAAAAUGAUAGGAGGUACUGGAGGCAUAAAUGGCAAUAUAUUUCUAACGGGACAUGCCGAUGAUUUUGACGAAUGGCAACAGCAAGGCAAUGCUGGUUGGUCUUGGAAUGAUGUAUAUCCGUUCUAUGAAAAAGCCACCCAUGAACUAGAUAAUAAAACCUGGCCCUUGGGUUCUUUAACUUUAAACUAUUUCCAACGUUUGGAUGACUAUCAUGUGCUAAAAGAUCUAAUGGUAAAUGCCACCCAUGAAGUGGAAAGAUUAUUAAAAAUCAAAAGUCCCGGUUAUAUGGAAAACAUACUGGCAACCAUAGAUCGAGGGAAAAGAAUGAGUACGGGUAAAACGUAUUUGGCUAGAGUGGCCCAUAAACGUCAUAAUUUACAUGUCAUUAAACACAGUGUGGCCACAAAAAUUCUCUUUCAUAAUGGCAAUAAAGCUACAGGAGUAGAAUUUCUAUUAAAUGGAACUACAAUCUUAAGAGCUCGAGCCCGCCGAGAGCUCAUAAUAAGUGCUGGUACCUUUAACUCACCUAAACUCUUAAUGUUAUCGGGUGUAGGACCGCCAGAACAUUUAAAAAGUCUAAAUAUACCCGUGGUAAAAAGUUUACAAGUGGGUGAAAAUUUACAAGAUCAUGGCAUGAUGCCUUUAGUAUUAAAACUUACUAAGAAUAUACCUCCAGCAACAGAUGACUCUAGUCCUCUUUCAAUAUUCGAUUAUUUAAUAAAUCAAAAGGGUCCCUUGGCAAGCAGUUCCACUUUAGUGGGUUUUAUUAAUACUUUACAACAAAAACAAGCCAAUAAAUCGGAUAUAAUGCUAGUGUCACACUUUAGUAAACCCACCAAAGGUUCCAAUGUUUUUGAGUUCUUACAAUUUAAGCGUGAUAUAGUUAAAAAGUUCUUAAAUAAAGUGGAAAAUCAUACGAUAUUGGAAAUACAGGGUUUGAUUAUAAAAUCCCAGUCCAGGGGGUUUGUUAAGCUGAAAACUAAAGAUCCUCUACAAGGUCCCUUAAUACACAAUAAUUAUGCCUUAGCGGAAGAAGAUCGUCAGACCCUUUUACGCUUCAUACGUUUCAUACAAAAUCUUGUUAAAACAACAGCUUUCCAAUAUUAUGGUUUGGAAUUGAUUACCAUACCUCUAGAAGAGUGUGAUCGUUUAACGUAUGAUUCCAAUGAUUAUUGGCUUUGUUAUAUCAAAUAUUUCUAUAUAAGUGCUUGGCAUGCAGUGGGCACUUGUCGCAUGGGUCCGUCUACGGAUAGCUCAGCAGUAGUGGAUCAACGUUUGAGAGUUCAUGGUAUCAGAGGUUUGCGUGUGAUAGAUGCCAGUAUUAUGCCAAAUAUAACUAGUGGCAAUACUAAUGGUCCCACCAUUAUGAUUGCCGAACGAGCGGCCCAAUUAAUUAAAGAUGAUUGGUUUAAUAAUAUAUCGUAGUGAAGAUAGAAGUAUUUAGACAAAUUUUAAAUGUAAUUUAAUUUUUAAGUACCUAUAGGGUUAAAUAAGUACAAUAUAUAGAAAUGUAAAUAAAUUUUAAUUAAGA